AGGGCUCUCACCGCCAGCAACCAAGCGCGUUGCUUUAUUAAUAUUUGUGGAAAUAUUGAGAACAAGUUAAAGACCAAGAUGAAGGUGGAGAGCAUGGGAAUGGCCCUGAAGCUGGUGGGAUUCUACGCCGUUGGCUACACCCUGCGCAAGUUAGUCAAGUAGAUGGCCGGAGAUGCAGUGGAUGCAGUGGCCGUCCCCUAGUCCAGAUGUUCGUCCGUUUUGUUUCAGUGUUCGCUUAAUUUCUAAAUUACAAUGUUCCAAUCGUUUGAAGGAUAAUAUAUUGUGAUCCUACCUC